AUGCACCGUUUGGAUGGACCGUGCAAGGCCGGUAACGUCUCUGUGGGUCGCGGUGCAUAUCUCGAGGGUGGUCAAAUCUAUGCUGCAUUGGCAGGGCAGCUGAGGCGGCUGGCAGCUCGAAUUUUGUACUGGACCAUGCUGGAGGUGGUCCUGGACGGCUCCGGUGAGGCGCUGGUGCCCACGGUGGGUGCCACGGUGCUGGCGCGGGUUUCCCAUGAUCAUCAAGCCUCCGGGGCCGAGGUGGUGCGUUUGCAGCAGUUCCGUGGCAUCAUCCGGAAGCAAGACGUGCGCUUCUUCGAGGCUUUGCUCAAGGUCUGGACAGGGACCACACGAGUUUCUUGGACCAUUGGCGUUCUGAACAGCUCGGAGAGAGAUGAUCCCACGGAGCUCAGCGAGGUGUCCUUCCUCUCGCGAGACAGGGAUUUCGUGGACACAAAACACUUUUCCGACGAUUCGGAUGAGGAGGACCACCUCCUUGGGCGGCGGCAGAAUUUGCUGGGCUACGCCAUGGCGUCUUGCGGAGUUUGCGCUCUUUUUGCUCUAGUGUUGCUUUUCCACUCCUUUAGCGGUUCAAGUUCAUCAACCCUUUGGACUUCAGCCACGGCCUGGGGCAGCCCCAGCGAGGACUUUGUAGAUCUUGGUGAAGGUUUAUGCAUGGGAGUUCAGCGAGAGCUCAUUCCGAAGUACAACAGCUCCGACCCGCUGGAGCUUUUCUCGGAGAUGUCGGCCAGUCAGUGCCCUUUGGCAAAAUUUUGGGUUGGUUCUUGA